AUGAAACACGAUGGAUCACAAGUGAAAAUGCGAGAUUUGAGAUUAGGCGAUCUUUUACUUACUGCUUAUGCAAUCGAAAACAAUAGAAUUCGCUUUCAACAAAGUCCAUUACUUGGCCUAGACAUCUAUCAGAAAUAUAAAAAUGAUUCACCUGUUCGAUAUCUAGAAAUUCACACAAAUUCUAGUAGCGCAACUAGUCCUCUUCACAUUACUCCGACAAAUUCUUUACUGGUAACGAAAAAAGGUGAAUCAAAAUCGAGAUAUAUAUUUGCACAGGAAGUGAAUAUUGAAGAUUACUUACACAGCAUAACUGAUGAUUAUGAGUUUAGUAUUUCAAGUCAAGUUACUCAUAUUAAGCCUGUCGUACUCUUUGAUGCAUAUGCACCAUUGACUUUAGAAGGCAAUUUUAUUGUAAACAAUUUCGUUGUUUCUUGUUAUGGAACAUUCUCGCAUUCAACUGGACAUCUUGUGAAAAUGCCCCGACGUUGGUUACUCUACUACUUAUACUUUAAGCUGUGA